AUGGCGAAGCCCAAGCUGCCAUUCCACUGGCCCGGCGCCCUCAAACUCGCCAGCUUCAACCCCAUCCCCCCGAGUUUCCGCCCCAACCGAAGACGCAGCCGGACAAAGUCGCGACCAACCUACGACGACAAGCCCGACAUCACGAAGCUACAGACCUCCUUCAACCCUCUAGAUGGCGUUCGUGCGCUUCUGCGUCAGAGAUGGCACUUCCUAGACAUCCAGUACUUCAUCUUGGCGUUCCUCAUGGCUUUCUCUAUGACAAUUGCUCCCAUGCCCACCGUCGUGCGGGUCGUGGUGCCUAUUCUCACGACCUUCUUGCUUCUCAUGCCCGCCACAAGACAGUUUUUCCUGCCGUCUAUGGUCAUCUGGGUAUACCUCCUAUAUUUCUUUUGCAGCCGCUUCAUCCCCUAUGAGUACCGCCCACACAUCUGGGUCAAGGUGCUCCCCGCGUUGGAGAACGUCAUGUACGGUGCGAACCUGUCGAAUAUUCUGUCAGAGCAUACGCAUCCUGUUCUAGAUCUGCUUGCCUGGUUCCCCUACGGCAUUGGACACUUUGGAGGGCCGGCAGUGACCUCUGCGGCUCUGUUCCUCUUCGCCGCGCCUGGAACCACCCCAAUUUUCGCCAAGUCAUUUGGAUGGCUCUCGACUCUGGGUGUCACCAUUGCUAUCGUCUUCCCAUGCACACCGCCUUGGUAUGAGAAGGCUAACGGUCUGGAGCCCGCUCACUAUGGCAUGCCUGGAUCGCCGGCUGGCUUGGCCCGGAUUGAUGCCAUGUUCGGAGUGGAUAUGUACACUACCAGCUUUACAACCGCCCCGAUGCCUUUCGGCGCAUUCCCCAGUCUCCACGCUGGUGUUGCGACAAUCGAGGCGCUAUUUCUGAGCUUCUGCUUCCCUCGCUUCCGAGGCUUCUUCAUUGCUUACGUCGGCUGGCUGUGGUGGGCUACCAUGUACCUCAACCACCAUUACGCAGUCGAUCUGGUUGCUGGAAGUCUGCUUUCAUGCAUAAUCUUUUAUAUUGCAAAGGCACGGUGGCUACCGCGCCCCCAGCCAGACAAGAAGAACCGAUGGCAGUAUGAGUACGUCGAGAUCGGCGACCGCCCAAGACCAUUUGACGAGGAAUACGGCUACAAAUUUGCCGAUGGCUACGGUCUCGGGCUUCUCGAGAGGGAGAGCGUCGGUGACAGCGAUGAGUGGACUUUGGGCAGCAGCUCCAGCUUCAGCUCAUCUGGCCGAACCAGCACAACCAGCCCGACUCUAAUGAGCCCAUCGACACCCGAGGACGAAUACCGACACAUGUUGGUUCCUCAGGGAAGCGUUUGGGAUGGCGACUUGCUCCGGCGGGAGAGCGAGUUUGCCGAAGCCGUAGCGGUGCGAUGA